AUGAUAUACAAAGAUGUUUUUCCUUGUUUGAAGCACCGUGAGCCAUUGUACAAAGAAGUGCCUAGUGAAAGUGAUUGGGCAAAGACAAAGGAGCUUGUUGAUAAGUUGGCCAUGUUUUAUGAUGUGACUAUCCUUUUUUCAGGGACCAAGAAUCCUACUGCCAAUCUUUACUUUAAGAAUAUUUGUGCUAUUAGAUUAGCAAUUUAUGAUUGGCUUAGUUCUGAACAAGAAGAGGUACAAGCAAUGACAUUACAUAUGCAAACAAAGUUUGAGAAAUAUUGGGAUACAAUGCAUGGUUUGAUGGGAGUUGCAAGUAUUUUGGAUCCAAGGUUCAAGAUGAAAAAAAUUGAAUUUUUAUGCCCUCUAAUAUAUUCAAACAAUGCAGCUCAAGAGAUUAGGAAAUAUAAAGAUAUUCUCUAUGACUUGGUCAAGGAGUAUCAGUCAAGAUCUCUACAAAGUCAACAUGUGCAAUCUGAAUCUUUGAUUCCUACUUCUUCAUCUAGACCAUCUAUGCCUAAACUUGAUUUGGUAAAGCAAUUGGAUGUGUUUGUUUCCCACUCCACUACCCAUGGACAUGUUAAAUUUGAGUUGGAUCAUUAUUUAGAAGAGUCUCUUUUACCUAAGAAUGAUGAUGAUGAUUUUGAUAUAUUAUGUUGGUGGAAAUCAAAUGGGAUCAAAUAUCCUACUUUGCAUGAUAUUGCUAGAGAUAUUUUGGCUAUUCCUGUAUCCACAGUUGCUUCAGAGUCUUUCUUUAGUACUAGUGGAAGGAUUAUAAGCCCUCAUCGUAGCCGGCUUCAUUCAAAAACAGUAGAGGCAUUGAUGUGCGCUCGCGAUUGA